AUGGCCCGUACGAAGCAGACUGCCCGUAAAUCCACUGGAGGCAAGGCCCCAAGAAAACAGCUGGCCACCAAGGCUGCCCGAAAGAGCGCCCCAGCUACCGGCGGUGUAAAGAAACCUCACAGAUACCGACCCGGAACCGUGGCUCUGAGAGAAAUCCGUCGUUACCAGAAGAGCACCGAAUUGUUGAUCCGAAAACUUCCCUUCCAACGAUUGGUGAGAGAAAUCGCUCAAGACUUCAAGACUGAUCUUCGAUUCCAGAGCUCAGCUGUCAUGGCUCUCCAAGAAGCCAGUGAGGCUUAUUUGGUCGGUCUUUUCGAAGAUACCAACUUGUGUGCCAUCCACGCCAAGAGAAAAUAUGAUACCGAAUUGUUGAUCCGAAAACUUCCCUUCCAACGAUUGGUGAGAGAAAUCGCUCAAAACUUCAAGACUGAUCUUCGAUUCCAGAGCUCAGCUGCCAUGGCUCUCCAAGAAGCCAGUGAGGCUUAUUUGGUCGGUCUUUUCGAAGAUACCAACUUGUGUGCCAUCCACACCAAGAGAGUGACCAUUAUGCCCAAGGACAUUCAAUUGGCCCGAAGAAGUGCUUAA